AUUGGAACAGUCCUCCUCUAAUGAGCAGAUUUGAGAGACACCAGGGAGAGAGAAAGAGAGAGAGAGAGAGAGAGAGAACGAGUGAGACCCAACUAUAAGGAAGGUAGGGGUAAAUAAGACAACUGAAAAGGCAAGCAGUGAUACGUAAAAAUGAGGAGCAUGACGUGUUAAAAGAAAAGGAAAAGAAGAGAUAAAUCUGGAUCUGCAAUGGACCCAGAAUAAAAGCCUCAGCAUCGCUAAACCACUUAAGGAUGUGGAUGUGAAGGGAAAAGAGAGGAGGAAAAUAAUCCCUUGACUAGUUUAUUUACAUGGAGCAUGUUCGCUCAGUCGGGAGCAGACGACAAGCUGAACCAGGCGAAUGAGAUGAAUCUGUAAAGCUGUAAAUGGUGUUGGAUCUGGUCCGUAGCUGACUGUUAGCUUUGUGGGAUCCCAGGUUUCUAGGUGGAGCCUGGUGGUCCUCAGCUGCCAGGGAGCACUAAACCAAAAAGCCCCUUAGAGGAGGAGGCACGCGCUGCCUGGAGUGUGCAGCCAGAGGGGCCCUUCACAGAGGGAGGGGUCCGGAACCCAAAACCCAAAGAAAAGGGGUUCGCUACGUUUGUGUCAUCAGGGAAGACGUAUGGCUGGCGUGGGCCUUCUCCCGUCUGUGAGCUCCGGCUGUAGGUGACUAGACUGGGAGUGACAGUGAACCACAUCUCUGGGAGAAUGGUCUGAAGAGGAUCCCAACCCUGCUCCUGCCUGGCCCCACAGGAGGGACCCUACAAUCUGGCUAUAUGUAUUUUACCUCUCUUUUCUUUUUUUAAGUCAAUCAAGGGGAUUCACGUGGGUGUCAUCCUCACCCCAAUACCUCAUCAUCAUAAAAAGCCCCGCCCCCAACUGCCUUUUUUGUUUGUUUUCUUUUUUUUGAGGUUUGGGGGAUUUGCCAAAACCUAUUUCAUGCAUGUCCACUGGGGGCAGGUUCAACUUUGAUGAUGGGGGGUCAUACUGUGGUGGGUGGGAGGAAGGAAAAGCCCACGGCCACGGCAUCUGCACUGGGCCGAAGAGCCAAGGCGAGUACUCAGGGUCCUGGAGCCAUGGCUUUGAAGUGGUGGGUGUGUACACCUGGCCCAGUGGGAACACAUAUCAGGGCACCUGGGCGCAGGGCAAGCGCCAUGGGAUCGGGGUGGAGAACAAGGGCAAGUGGGUGUACAAGGGGGAGUGGACGAGUGGAUUUAAGGGACGCUACGGCCUCAGGGAAAGCACCGGAACCAGUGGGAAGUACGAGGGCACCUGGAACAAUGGUCUCCAGGAUGGAUACGGCACAGAGACGUACUCUGACGGGGGUACGUACCAGGGCCAGUGGGUGGGCGGGAUGCGGCAUGGAUACGGCGUGCGGCAAAGUGUACCGUACGGCAUGGCAGCCGUCAUCCGCUCUCCACUGCGCACCUCCAUAAACUCCUUGCGGUCUGAACACAGUAACGGGACAGCGCUGCUCCCGGACCGGGCCGGCGUGGCGUGCAUGGGUGUGACCGGCUCCACCGGUAGCCCCGCCGUUUCGAGGGGGGGCUUUGUGCUCACUGCACCCAGCGAGGCCGAGCUGAUGAAGGGUAAGAAGAAAGGUCUCUUCCGAGGCCGCUCCAUCCUCAGCGGACUCAAACUGAGGAAGUCCGAGUCCAAGAGCUCCCUUGCCAGCCAGCGCUCCAAACAGAGCUCGUUCCGCAGCGAGGCCGGCAUGAGCACAGUUAGCUCCGUGAACUCGGACAUAAACUCCACCAUCAGCCUGGGAGAGGGCGAGGCGGAGCUGGCUGCCACAGAGGAUGACGUGGAUGCCACGGCAACAGAGACCUACUGCGGUGAGUGGAAGAACGACAAGCGCACCGGUUACGGUGUGAGCCGGCGCUCAGAUGGACUUCACUACGAGGGGGAGUGGGCGGGAAACAAGCGGCACGGGUAUGGCUGCACCACCUUCCCUGACGGGACCAAGGAGGAGGGCAAGUACAAGCAGAACGUACUGGUGAGCGGCAAGAGGAAGAACCUCAUCCCCCUCCGAGCCAGUAAGAUCAGAGAGAAGGUGGACCGGGCGGUGGAUGCGGCAGAAAAGGCUGCAGACAUUGCCAAGCAGAAGGCUGAGAUCGCCUUGUCAAGGACGGCGCACGCGCAGGGGAAGGCAGAGGCCGCUGUGGGAGCAGCACAGAAAGCCCAGGAAGAGUGUUGCCUUGCCAGGGUCAUCGCAAAGGAGUUCUCCCCUUCCUUCCAGCACAGAGAAAAUGGAGUAGAGGUCCGACGGUCAAAGCAUCAAAACUCCAGUGAGAACGAUAUCGAGGUGAUUUCCAGUGGCACUGGGCCAGACAGUCCCGAACUCUACAUAAAGGGCACCAUGCCCCCAAACCUGACCCCUGACCUGAGCCCCGACGCCAGUCACACGUCGUCGGGCCACUGCAGCCCUGCCACCGCCAAGCCCCACCGCACCAAGAACGCCCGCUUCCUGAGGCAGAGCGCUGUGGACGACGCGGGGGGAGGCGGCAACGGUCAGGAGAUCCAGGUGCUGAUGGAGGGCCGCGGAGGCGGGGAGUACUUGAGGGCCAACAGCUGGAGCGAGGAUAAGGACAAGCGUUCCUCUAAAGGGGGCAGCCGGGGGGGGAGUCGCUCUACCACCCCGUCCGUCCAGGACGAGGCCAGGGGCGGUGGCCGCACCAAUGGCCACGGACACAAGCACACCUCCUCCAAUUACAAGUCCAGAGAGCAUGGAUCGUCCAAUCAUAAGGCCUCCAGGGACCGGUGGUCGGACUGUCCGUCAGCGUCGUGGAGAUCCCAGCGGACGCACAGCGGUGACACGCGGCUGCUGGAGCAGGAUGAGGAGAAGCUGAGCAACUACGAGAUGGAGAUGAGGCCACUCCAGCCCAUGGACUCCAACUCCCAGAAGCCCUACGGGCAAGGAGAGGAGCGGCAUGGUCAUGGCGGCGAGGCCCGCUCUCACACGCUACAGAGACAGCGGCCUAGUAAGAGCCGGGAGAACAGAGAAGCCAGGGAGGGACGGGACAGAGAGGCGGCGCGACCGUCAGGGUCGCGGGAGGGCAAGGAGGACAGGGAGGGACUGGCCCCAGACUUGCAAGGGGGAAUGAGCAAGGGGGACAAGCUGGAGGCUCGGCCUCUGCGCAGGGAUCUCACCCUUUCCCCUCCACAGAAAUCCUCACCCAUUGCACUAGAACAUGACGAUGACAAGAAACUGACCCAGCUCAAAGCUAACUCGGGCUCCAGCUCAAUUCUCGUUGUCAUGGUGAUUUUGCUCAACAUUGGAGUUGCAAUUUUGUUUAUCCACUUUUUUAUUUGAAAAUGUAUUACCUAUUUGUUUCCUAUUAAUAUCUAUGCUAUUAAAUGAUUAUGAGUAUUAUAAUGACCAUACAGCCCAUGACCUUUUGACACUUCGGUUAAGAGGACAGCAAGAGCUUAACAGCAUGGGGAUGAAGAUGGCUCCCAACGCCCACUUCAGACUUCAAACAAAACAAAAAACAUUUAUGCUUUAAAUCGUUCUCUCCCUGAGAUUACCUGUUUUGUUUUUUUCAUUUUAAAACCUAGUUUAAAAAAAAGUUUUGUCUCUAUUCAUUUCUCUCUAUGAAUAUUCCGCUGUCCUUUGGGUUUCAUUUGUUUGAGGUGGGAGAGUCCAUGUGGUGGAUUUAGUCCGCUCAGUCCCUGGAGUGCCACGGGUACUGCAUUACCGCAGGAUUUCAUCCUAACUAAGCCCCCCC